AGGGAAUUACACUAUUGGACUUGUCCAAGAUUGCUUAGCUUUUUUUGCAGAGAGCUUGAAUAUGUUUAUCUCUAUGAGGUAUGGAGACAGACACAACUGCACCGUUUAAUCUGAAGCAACCGCUCGCUUUUUGUCAAUUCAAUGGAAGUGUAUGCUGUAACUCCCGGGAAGACUCCAAGUUGCAGAGACAGUUUAAAGCGGUUAACGUAUCUAGAAGAUGUUCUCCGCUUCUCAAAUCAUUACUUUGCUCGAAGUGUGAUCCUUUCGCAGCAGAACUUUUCCGUGUUGAAUCAGAAUCUAGACAAGUUCCUGUGCUCUGCAACUCUACAGUUUCUUCUAGUAAAUCAACACAAUCGUUGGAAGACAUUGAUUUCUGUGCCACAUUUUGGAAUGAAUGCCAGAAUCUCUCUGUAACCAACACUCCGUUUGCUUCUCAAGCUGGAGAUGGAGGCAACAUCACUUCCACAAUAUCUGAAAUAUGGAAAUCAAGCAAUGACUUCUGCAAGAUUUUUGGUGGAGCUUCGGAUGAAUCCUCUGUGUGCUUCAAUGGCCAGGCAGUUUCAUUUAACAUUUCAAAAGUUACCGGUCCAGCUCCUUCAGGCAUAUGCCUCGAGAAGCUUGGAAAUGGGUCUUAUCUUAACAUGGUACCUCAUCCUGAUGGUUCUAAUCGCGUCUUUCUGUCUGAUCAACCCGGGAAGAUAUACUUGGCGACAGUUCCAGCUCAAGGAUCUGGAGAACUUUUGAAAAUAGACGAAACUAACCUGUUUCUUGAUCUUACUGAAGAAGUGCACUUUGAUGCUGAGCUUGGUCUCUUAGGAAUAGCUUUCCAUCCCGAAUUUUUGAAAAACGGUAGAUUCUUUGCUUCUUUCAACUGCGAUAGAGUUAAGUGGCCAGAAUGUUCUGGAAAAUGCGCAUGCAACUCAGAUAUUGACUGUGACCCUGCAAAGCUAGAUUCUGAUAAUGGAGCAACACCAUGUCAAUACCACAGUAUCAUAUCAGAAUUCUUUACCAAUGGGACUUAUGUUAGACCUGUGGAGGUAAGAAGAAUCUUUACAAUGGGUCUUCCUUAUACAUCACAUCACGGUGGACAGAUCUUGUUCGGGCCCAAAGAUGGGUACUUGUAUUUCAUGAUGGGAGAUGGAGGAAGUAAAGGAGAUCCACACAACUUUGCACAGAACAAGAAAUCAUUGCUCGGGAAGAUCAUGAGACUUGAUGUGAAUAAUGUUCUUGAUGCAAAAGCGAUGAACGAGUUUCAGCUAUGGGGAAACUACUCUAUACCUAAGGACAAUCCGUUUUCGCAAGAUAAGAAUCUGUUGCCUGAAAUAUGGGCCAUGGGAGUGAGAAAUCCAUGGCGAUGCAGUUUUGAUUCAGAGAGACCGUCUUAUUUCCUUUGCGCAGAUGUUGGAGAGGACAAAUAUGAAGAAGUUGAUAUGAUUACUAAGGGAGGAAACUAUGGUUGGCAUUACUACGAAGGAACUUUGCCGUUUAAUCCCUCGAGUUCUUCUAAUAUCAGCAACUCAACAACAAAGAUUGAAAAUCCGAUCUUCCCGGUAAUGUGGUACAAUCAUUCAGACAUAAACCAACAAGAAGGAUCAGCAUCAAUAACUGGCGGAUACUUUUACCGUUCCUCCACUGAUCCAUGCUUGUAUGGAACGUAUCUCUUUGCAGACUUAUACGCCGGAAUUAUUUGGGGUGGAGCUGAAACUCCAGUUGGUAGUGGAAACUUCACGAGCUCUCAAAUCCCGUUUCAAUGCGCUUCCGAUUCGCCAAUCCCUUGCUCAUCUGAAACAGAACCUUCCUCUUCCUCAUCUCCACCAAUUGGUUUUGUAUUCUCCUUUGGACAAGACAACAAUAAAGACGUCUACUUACUUGCAAGCACUGGUGUUUACAGAAUCGUUCGCCCGAGCCGCUGUAACUUCCAUUGCUCUCUUGAAAACACAACGUCCUUACCUCCUUCAAAACAACCUGAUCGUUCUCCGCCGUCUUCAUCAUUGUCUAAACGACUUCACAACAUUAAUACUCUUGUUAAAGUGGCGUAUGCAAGGAGAAGAGGAAAGAGAGACAAUAUGAGUGUGGAGGACGAAAACGAAGAACCGCUGAGUCCUAUGGCUCGUUUGUUCCAAUCGCCGGGCAAUGACUGUUGCAUCAUCACCAUGAUCGGUUGCAAAACCAAGAUCAAUGCUGAUGUCAUUCUACGUGCCUUGAAGCUUAAUGUUUCCAAGCAUCCUCGUUUCUCUAGCAAAUUGUCUGAUGAUGGUGGAAGUUGGAUUAGGACUCAAGUCAAUGUAGAAAACCAUGUAUUUGUACCAGACAUAGACUACCAGAUCGAAGAAGAUGGCGAAGGUUAUGUUGAAGACUAUAUUUCACGUCUUACGAUGCUUCCUCUCGAUAAAUCAAGACCUUUGUGGGACAUGCACAUCCUCAACAUCAAAACGAUUGAUGCCGAAGCGGUUUGUGUAAUAAGAUCUCACCAUUCAUUGGGAGAUGGAACAUCUCUCAUGUCUCUUCUAAUAGCGUGUACUCAGAAAACAUCACACCAAGACACAUUUCCUACUAGUCAUGUACUUAAACAGCGUAAAACGGCGCUUAAAGAUAAAGUCCCAUGGUUCUUAAGAUGGGUACUUGCGGUUUUUUCGUUAGUGAGAUUGAUUUGUAAUACUUUCGUGGAUAUUUUGCUUCUCUUGGCGACGGCUUUGUUCUUGAGGGAUACAAAGACGCCUCUGAAAGGUGAUGUGGGUGUCGAGAAUAAUCAGAAGAAAUUUUGUCAUAGAAUUGUCUCAUUAGAUAACAUCAAACUUAUAAAGGAAGUUAUGAACAUGACUAUCAAUGAUGUUCUACUUGGAGUUACACAAGCCGCUCUCUCGCGCUAUCUUAGCAGUUUUCCUGGUAAAAUACGAUUUACGGCAGGUGUUUUUGUAAACCUAAGGUCAGACAAUGGAAUCCAGCCAUUGGCAGAGAUGAUGGCCGCGAAUUCGAAAUGCAGAUGGGGGAACUACUUUAGCUUUAUUAAUUUCCCGAUCGCGAUCGGUUUAGAGACUGAUCCAUUGUUGUAUCUAUCAAAGGCAAAAUCAGCUAUUGAUCGAAAAAAACACUCACUUCAAGCUGCUUUGGCAUAUUCAGCUACAGAAUUUAUCUUCAAUACAUUCAGUGCUAAGGUAGGUGCAAUAAUACCAAAACGACAUAUUUCGAACACGACCACAUUCAUUUCAAACAUGAUUGGUCCCAUGGAUGAAAUCAAUUUCCUUGGCCACCCCAUUGCUUACAUCGCUCCAAGUGUCUAUGGACAUGCUCAUGUACGCGUUAACAAUACAUUUCCUAAGUUAUGCGGAAAAGAUGGUAAUCUCGAUAGGGGUCGAUCCUACGGUCAUACAAAAUCCUCACAAGCUUUGUGAUGAAAUGGAGGACUCUCUGGAAGCUAUGAAAGCCACUCUUUCAGAAAGAGGGUUAAUAUAAGGUGUUACUAGUA